UGGAGGAAAAUUUUGAAAAAAAUUGGGGGAUUUUUAAUUUAAAUUUUUCGUAGUAUAAAACGAGCAAAGGGCUAUUAACUUGGUUAGAUUGUCUCGAAAAAUAAUUAUGGACGGAAAAUAAUUAAAAUAAAAAAAGGUUCAAUAUUAAGGAUAAAUUAAAGAUCAAGGCACAAAAUGCAAAAAUAAAAGAAAUUAAAUUUGCGGACAAAUAUGAAGCUUAAGGAAUUUUCUAUUUUUGGUGGUAUAUGGCACAAAAGAUCUUAUAUUAUUAAUUUAGUGGGCGCUUCCAAAAUACCGAUUCGAAAAAUGGCCGUGUCUCGAGUAUCUGUCGGAAGUAAAUCGGUCCGCAAAUGUAAGAGUUGUCCGCAAAUGACGAAAAUCGGUACGCAAAUAUUGGCCAGUAAGAUGUUGAAUAUAUACCCAAACUACCUAUGUUAAGUAUAAGUCGCAGGAUAUCUGUUCGCAACAGAGGUGGGUCGGAAUUUCUUUCCGAUUUC